ACUUCCUGUUGCAAUGCCUGCACCUCAGAAAAAGGCAUAAAAAUGUCUCACGAUGAGGACUUUGCAGGAAAUAGUGCAGAGAAGUUGCUUCCAGCAAAUAAUAAUACUAGGAGGGGUUUGCCUAUAAAUAACUUGGGGGGACACAGACUUCAUCGCUCCUCAGUGAGACCAUUUUUCUGCUGUGGUAGCCAACUGUCUUUGAACAGCAUAACUGAUUUCAUCGAGGCAUCAGAUCAGUCUGACUGUGAUGAUGGCUCAGACCUCAUGUCAAAUUUAUCUUUAUCCAAAAAGACGCAAAACAGACGCAAGAAAAACAAUGAAGGACGCAAAAAAUUUUGGACACUAAAACUAAGAGGGAAACUGCAUGUACCCAAAAGAUCAACUUACAAUACAAAUGAAAGUGAUUCUGCAGAAGGUAUUGUGUGCACUUCAUACAGAAAGCCUUCAGAUGAAAAUGAGAGUGGCACGGAACAAACUGCAGGUGCUUCAGCACAACCUCAGGAAGUGUUUGUAACAUUACGCCCUAUAAACUUUGACGAAUUGUACCCAACGGAGGAUAUCGAUCAGAGAAGAAUCCGCCAGAGGGCACAAGAAAUGGAGGAGGGGAUAGAUGUACAGAGUGCAUGCAUCCUCAUUCCUCAACCUGCCGAAUCCUCAUCAGAUGAGGAAUAUGAUUGCCCUCAACCUUCACCACAAAGAAACAGUUACUCCUCAUUUCCCGAGUCAUGGCCCUAUGGGUCUUUCUCAAUGUUACCCACACAUUCCAACAUGCUUCCUCCCCCCACAGUCCGCCCACAUUCCCAAGUGGAUUUCAUUCACUGUUUGGUCCCAGAUAUUGCCAGCAUAACAAACUGCAGCUACUAUUGGGGUGUAAUGGACCGCUACCAGGCUGAAAAACUACUGGAUAAAAAGCCAGAGGGAACCUUUUUGCUUAGAGACAGUGCACAAGAAGAAUACCUGUUUUCAGUCAGUUUUCGACGCUAUGGCCGUUCCUUGCAUGCAAGGGUUGAGCAAUGGAAUCACAAAUUCAGCUUCGAUUCACAUGACCCCGGCGUCUUUGCUUCAGAGACUGUUUGUGGACUGAUUGAACAUUAUAAAGAUGCCAGCGUUUGUAUGUUUUUUGAACCAAUGCUUACCACACCUUUGCAUCGUACCUUUCCCUUUAGUCUUCAGCACCUGUGUAGAUCAAUUAUUUGUGAUCGGAUAUCAUAUGACGACAUUUACGUUUUGCCCCUUCCUCGUCAGUUGCGGGACUAUAUGAGGUACUACCACUACAGACAGAAGAUACGCACUCGUAGAUACGACAUGACUUAGGAAGUCUUUUUCUUUCCAGUCUGAAGAUAGAAGAGGCAUUACAUUUUGUGUCCAGUUGUGACUGUACCCAGUUAGACUAGUGCAUAGUUGACAUGUUUUUCAUGUGUACAGUAGAUUUCAGCAGCAUGUAAAAUUAUUUUUAUAUCAUGUUCGUUGAAUUAAAAAAAAUAUUUCUUGCACCCUUAUUUUCAAGGGUAUUAGGUAGAAAUAUUCUGUACAUUAGAGCAUUUUAUUGGCUGUGGCAGAUGAAAGAGUUUUGGGCAUUAAAAAAAAUUUGUUUACAUUAAUUAAGUUCAUGAUUUAGUAGUCCUCACCCUAGAAACUUUAGUCUGUCAUACAUGUAUAUUGGCAAGAAAAUGUAAUGGUGACCUAUAAUUAGGAUUUUAAAGUACUGGUACAUGUAUUUAUUUUUGAACCAUUUCAACAAAUUAUUAAAAUGAAGCAUUAUAAAAUGAAGCUGGUACAUGUAUGUAAUUGAACCCAAAACAAGGUUUGUUCGUGCAAUCACAAAAAUGUCAUGUUCUGAGAAGUUUCAAAAUUUGAUAUCUUUGGUCAUUAAUUAACCUUGAGUCUCAACUUCAUUUUAACAUGUUUAUAGGCUUGUCAGUAUGAAAAAUGAAAACAAUCAAUAUUUGAUCUUUUUACAGCCAAGUAACUUGUAAUCUUUGAUGAUGAAUAAUGCACAAAUAGAUCUACAAGCAUGAGAUGUUUAUGCUGUGGACUCGAAAGCAUUUGUGUAAUUUUAGUACAUCUAUAUUUCAGAAUGGCCUAGUGUUAGGUAUAUAUGUGUAUCAGAUUUUUCCUAUAAUGAGCUUUUGAAUUUUAAAACACUUAUUUAUGGACAACCAAUAUUUUCUUGGUUUUGUUAUUUUUUUUUAUACCAUCUUGUACAUGUCAACAUAUUUCCUUACUUUCGCUAUAUUCCUUGUACAUGUUGUACUCUACUUGGAAAAAUUUUGUUAAAAUGCUUUUUUUUGCUGUAAAAUUUUCCAGUCAUCGUGGUUUUGCAUUUCCUUUAGCCUGCUUCCCCUUCUUCUAGUGUUAACUUCCUUAUAUGCAAGAAAUCAGUAUGGUGAUGUUAAAUAUGCACUUAUGUCAAUAAGUAUCUAGAAAAAGUUGUUAAAGUGGACUGCAAAGAGGCUAAAACUAAGGGUUUUAUUUUUCUUACACUUUCAAAAUUGUGUUUUGGUAUGCAUUUUAUAGGAACAUGAUAUUGGUCUCAUCUACUGGAUGUGAUGGAUAAUUUAAGCAUGUUGUUUGAAUUCAGAAUUAUUUGUAAGCAUAUAAAUCUAGCUAUAAAUAGACAUCUGUACUUAUGCCUAGCAGUAUAGGUUUACGGUUUGUCAUUCCUCUGUUCAAUUGUAUAAAAUUUUGCUUUAUCUAUCUGAAAGAAAACCUAAUUAAAAUGCACACAAUUUCAACAUACCUUGCAGGGCAAAAUUUGGCAGAAAUUGCCUUUCAACAUGACAAUUAUUUAAAAGGAAUGUGGUCAUUUAUCCUGAUGAGAGUUAUUUCCCUUAUCAAAGGGUUGAUGAACCUUAAGGAUCUGUACAUUAAAUAAAGUACCCUAACUUAAAAUGAUUCUUCAAGAAACAUUCACAUAUCUCAAUGAUUUUCCCCUUACAUACAAAGUUUGGGUUUCUUUCCAACAGGAAUUGGCAUCUGUGUAAAGCAUCAAGGAUUGUAUUGCAUAGAACUUUUGCAUUGAAUUAUUGUGCUACAGCAACAUUUUAGUUAUCAGUGUAAGACCUUUAUAAAUAGUGCAAUAACAUUAAAUCCUCACCCCAGCUACGUGCUGCUUUAUAUAAGUUGGUUGUAUAUGUAUUGUGCCAUUGAUAACAAAAAAUAAAUUAGCUUGUCAUGGUU